AAUAAAGAGUUUUUUCCGCAAUUUUUUUAUGGCGAAGAAUUUGUGAACUUAUCUUUCGGCAUUUAGGCUCAUUCUUUCCGGUAAAGUAGAUAGUGCUCGUAUAUAGUUUUAUACUUUGGUUUCAGUUUUUAAAUUGUAUUAAUGAUGUUGCACGCCGUAUUACUGCUGGCCGGUACGGUGGUUUACUGCUCUUCAUCUUCUGCUGCUCUUCUUUGCUCAGGAGAUGAUUUCAGAUGUGAAAAUAACAUUUGUGUACCUGCCCAUGCCCAUUGCGAUGGCAAAAAUGACUGCGGCGAUUUUUCAGAUGAACAUAAUUGUGAUGUAUUAGCGUGCAAGCCGCCUGCAUUUUUCAAAUGUAAAAAUCAACGGUGCAUCUCCGCCAGCUUCCGAUGCGAUAAAGAAAACGAUUGCGAAGAUUUUUCCGAUGAAACUGACUGCGAUUAUUUCAAAGUGGAACAUAUAGCAGUUAAUACCACAUGCGAGAAAGGCGAAUGGCAGUGCACAGAUAAGUUAUGCAUUCCAGAAGAAUGGGUUUGCAAUGAGGAAAUCGAUUGCCUGGACGGUUCUGAUGAAUCCGUAGGGUGUACUACGCAGAGCGACCAUGUGUGUGAUGGUUUUAAAUGUAAAAAUCAACGUUGCAUCCCGAGUGAAUGGAGAUGUGAUGGGAACGACGAUUGUUCUGAUAACAGCGAUGAAAUUGAUUGCGAGCACCACUUUGAUUUAAAAAAUUGCACCCUGGAUAAUCAAAAAUAUCUGUGUCUGGAUGGAAAAGCCUGCAUAGGUAUUCAUCAAGUUUGUGAUGGUCAAAAUGAAUGUUUGGAUAAAUCUGAUGAAGGUGCUUUAUGUUCACAUUCAACUCUAAAUUGCGCAUUCAAAAAUUGUUCCCAUGAAUGCCUCCAACUUCCCACCGGCCCAAAAUGUAUCUGCCCACAAAAUUAUCACAAUGUGGAUGAGAAAACUUGUCAGGAUAUCAACGAGUGUGAAGAAUAUGGGAUUUGUGACCAAAAGUGCCGAAAUCUUCCUGGCUCAUAUGAAUGCUAUUGCGACCACAAAUACGUAUUACAGGAGGAUAAAAAAACUUGUAAGGCAGUAGGUAGUGAAGCUACCAUGAUUUUUAGCUCUAAAACUCAAAUAAGAUCAUACCUUCUAACCAGUAACCUGCUAUUUCCGGUAGCAAGUAAUUUAAAGCAAGUUGUAGGGGUUAGCAUAGAUUCGAACCAUAUUUACUGGACUGAUGUACAUAGUGAACAUGAAAGUAUAGUCAGAGCACUAGAAGAUGGCUCCAAUAGAGAUGUGAUAGUUACUUCAGGCCUAGGACUACCAGAAGAUCUAAAAGUUGACUGGUUAACUGGAAAUAUUUACUUUACCGAUACUCAAAAACAACAUAUUGGCGUAUGCAAGAACGAUGGUUCACACUGUAUGGUUAUUAUUAACAAAGAUAUUCGAAAACCUAGGGCGCUCGUUUUGAACGUCGACGAAGGUGUAAUGUACUGGUCAGAUUGGGAAUCUCCCGCGGAAAUCGCCACUGCCCAAAUGGACGGGACGAAUCCUAGGCCAUUCUUACGUGAUGAUAUUUAUUGGCCCAACGGGUUGGCCCUCGAUUAUCCCAAUGAGCGAUUGUAUUGGACUGAUGCUAAGAAAAACACCCUAGAAAGUAUUCGAUUGGAUGGUACUGAUAGAAGGGUCAUCUUAGAAAAAAUCGUUAAACACCCGUUUGCAAUUUCCGUGUUUGAAAAUAGACUCUACUGGUCGGACUGGAAUACUCACUCUAUAGACUCAUGCGACAAGUUUACUGGGAAGCACCACCGCACCCUAAUUAAAGAGAAAAAAGAUUUUAUCUACGGAAUUAGCAUUUACCAUUCUGCUUUGCAUAAUCGCAUGGAUAACCCAUGUGCUUUGGCAUUUUGCACUGACAUCUGCUUGUUGAAAGGAUUGACUUACACGUGCGCUUGCUCCGAGGGUCGUAUGCUCAGUGCAGAUAAGCAUACUUGCCAUUCUAUUGAGAAGAAACAAAUGUUGGUGGUGGCAGCAAAAAAUAUUCUCCUAAGCGUCGAACAUAAGAAUUUGGGAAAACAUAUGAUUACAAUGUUGACGUCGGUGGUGAGUGAAGCUGGAGCACUAACUUAUAAUAGUCGAAACAACAGCAUUUUUAUAAGUGAUUUGUUAACUGGAAAUAUUGUUCAAUUGAAUCUGCAUAAUAGCGAACACAAUAUUUUGCCUGUGGUGGGAGCUAAAUCGGUCGUGUCUAUGGAUUAUGAUCCAACCGGCAACAACAUAUACUUCUGCGACCAAGCAAAAGGCACUCUUGAAGUAUUUAGCUUAACCACAAUGACUCAGAAAGUUUUGAUUCACGACUCAGAUAGCGAAGUACCUCAGUCUGUAGCUGUCGUACCUCAUGAAGGGGUUAUGUUCGUGUCAUUUUUCGACAAAAUCAAGGACGAAUCACAUAUUGAUCGCAUGGCGAUGGAUGGUACAGGACGCACGCAUGUGAUAGAAAAAGGUUUAUUAGGUCCGGUUUACCUGCACUACGAUAGUGAAUAUCACAGAGUGUACUUUGUUGAUUCUAGUACAGGCAUUAUAGAGCAUAGCAGCGUAGAUGGUGAUGAAAGGCACAUAUUUAAAGGCGUGCGCUCAUCAGUAUCAGAUAUAACAACUUUAAGCUCUGACUUAUUUUGGACUACCAGCUUUUCUAAUAAACUCUUUUGGGCAAGCAAAAGUUUCGGUGACAACACUCAGAAAAUUGCUUUGGGUCUUCCGGAUGACGCACACAAAAUCCACUUGGCUUCGGUGACUCCAAGAAAUCACGUGACCAGCCCGUGUCAACACAAAAAUGGCAAUUGCAGUCAUAUUUGCCUUUCCACUUUUAAAACAGUUGUGUGCGCAUGCCCAACUCGCAUGGAACUGGAUACUGACAGAAAAACUUGCAUUCACAGGCACCUAUGCGACGUAUACGAAUUCUCUUGCUCCCAAUCCAAUACGUGCAUUUUAAAUACGUUAAAAUGCGAUGGCAAAAAAGACUGUCCUAUGGGAGAAGAUGAGGAACACUGUAAAAAGGAAAUAAAAUGUCCCAAUGGGUUCUUUGGUUGUAGCGAUGGACAGUGCAUUUCUGAAAAACAAGUUUGCGAUCAUCAUUUCGACUGCAGAGACCGUUCGGAUGAGUUAGAAUGUCAUAACAAAUUAAGCACACAGUCUAUUUGCCCUCCACAUGAGUUCACAUGUGCAGACAAUAUUAAUUGUAUCGAUUUGAAAUCAGUUUGUGAUGGCUUUAACGAUUGCCUAGAUAACUCGGAUGAAAUCAACUGUUUAACCAACGUUUGUCAAGAUAAUCAAUUUAGAUGUGAUUCGGGUCAAUGUAUUCCAAAAGGAUGGGAGUGUGAUCAUGAGUACGACUGCAAAGAUCUAUCUGACGAACAUUCAGAGUGCUCAGCUAUAACAUGUAAAUCCCACAUGUUUACUUGUAAGAAUGGCAAAUGCAUUCAUAAAUCACUUCUAUGCGACCACUCCGAUGAUUGCGGCGAUGAGUCGGACGAGGUCGACUGCUCUUCGUCCGUUGAUGGAGAUUGUCCCGUUGGCCAGAUUCCUUGCUCCUCUAACAACUCGUCCAUCUGUUUUAGUCAUGAAGCUAAAUGUAACGGUACAGCCGAAUGUCCGGAAGGCGAAGACGAGAGGAAUUGCAAUAAUUGCGGUGCAGAAUUGUUUGAGUGUUCAAAUAAGAAAUGCAUAUCGUCCACAUGGGUAUGCGAUGGCACUGACGAUUGUGGUGAUCAUAGCGAUGAGUCAGAGGAGAUGUGUCGCAAUAAAACUGCAAAAGCGACGUUAUUUUCCAGGUUUAGUCACGUGCCUUGUGAUGAUGGAUUCAGAUGUAAAAAUGGCGCAUGUAUAUCCCUAAAACUGCUAUGCGAUGAAAAAAACGAUUGUUACGAUGAGUCCGAUGAAGGCAGUUUCUGUUCAAAAUCGUGCGAACAGAUGAACAACCCCUGCCAACAGGAGUGUAUUAGGACACCAUCUGGACCCAUGUGUAGGUGUAAAGAGGGAUACCGGCUUAUGGGUGAUGGGUACUCUUGCAAGGAUAUUAACGAAUGCGAACUAGAUCCUCCCGUAUGCAGUCAACUGUGUCGUAAUAUUGAAGGCGGAGUUUCUUGCUUGUGCUAUGAAAAUUAUAGUUUAAGGUCUGAUAAAAAAUCGUGCAAAUCCCUCGGAGAGCCGCUAAUACUUCUUUACACCGUUGACAAUCAGAUCAGAGAAAUCAAUCAGAAAACCAAUUCACUUAGAGUUGUGUACUCAGAGGAGAUGCCAAAAAUAACUGACCUUGAUGUGUCUCUUAGGGAACACUCGGUAGUUUUUACCAUUGAAAACUCACCUACUAUACAAAAACUAAACAUAAUUAGCAUGAAGAGACAUUACAUCGAACAUAUCGGAUAUCCGAGAAAGAUUGCAUAUGAUUGGUCGACUGGUAAUAUCUACUUUUACAACUCGGUCUCUGAUGAAAAAUCAAUCAGCGUGUGCAGUUUUGAUUCGAUGUCCUGCGCCAAACUGAUCGAUAUUGACAUUCAUCGACACGUGUCCGAAUUAGUCGUCGAUUCAGAAAACAGAGUGCUGUUUUAUUCGUUGACUAGCUGGUGGGUAUUUAAUUCACCGAGCUAUGUAUUGUACAAAGCCUAUCUGGAUGGUUCUGGUGUUACUGAGAUUGUUAAAAGCACUAAUGGUUAUGUAUCGGGUCUAACUUAUGAUCUUAAUAAGAAACAACUAUAUUAUGCAGACCAGCAUGCAGGUAACAUAGUGAGUCUUACAUAUGAAGGAACGCAGUGGCAAGUGCUGUUUCCUAAUCUUACCCAUCCGGCAAGUUUAAAAUUUUUUGAGAAUACCUUGUAUUUUGCCACCAGUGGAGGUGAUAUUUCUAAAUGCUUGUUGUAUGGCUCUAAGUCCUGCUCAAGCUUCCGUAUUUCUGCCCACAACUAUGAACUGUUCACUGUGGUACAAGAGACUCUUCAACCAACAUUACCGAACGUUUGUGAAAACAACACCUGCAGUUUCUUAUGUGUAGCCAGUAGUACCCGCUACAGCUGCCUGUGCGAGGAUGGCACUAUUGUUGAGGAUAACGAAAAAUGCGAUAAAAAACCACAAGGUAAAGGCAAGAAGGCUGUAAAGUUUCAUUCGGUCAAUCAUGGCACUGAUUCCCUUGAGGUUGAAAGAGACAGUUCGAAGGCGGUGGUUGCUGUACUGCUGGUGUCCCUUGGGAUUGCGUUAAUGGGUGCGGGGCUGAUGUGGUAUGCCAGAAAAAAGAGAAAUAGUUCCUUAAUAAUGAGUAUGAGAAUGCGGUUUAACACUCGCUCGGAGAACCUGGAUAACAAAUCGUCUUCUUUGCUGGUUCCUGGACAACACGAGUACACGAAUCCAAUCCCAGAGCUGCCAAAUAAUGAAACGAAAGACAUUGAAAGAAGAGACAGUUUUGUUAUGGAAUACGAAGUUAAUGGAAAUCACAUAAACAAUAUUUCUUAAGUGUAUUAAAAGCAUACCGGAAUAAAUGUUACAAAUGUUUUAUUGUUGUUAGUUUUAGUUAUUGUUUUAGUUACUUACUUUUUAUAUUAUAUUUAGGAAUGUUUAAAACAAAAUCAUGUACAAUAUCAGAAGUUGUAUUCUGUUUUUACUUUGCUAAAAAAAGAUAUGACUUUUCACUAGUUUUUCUGCUGUAAUUUUAUAUAGUUUGUCUUUUGUAAUUUUAUUUUGCUAGAAUAAUAAUUUUAAAGAUAUUUAAAUUUUAGGCAAGCUGUGGUAAUAUAAUUAUAAAUAUAUUAAUUUUUAUACCUUAAA